UAAUAAACACAACAAUAGCUGCUAUACAUUGAUCGGCCAUUACUGACAUUUGUAUUAUAUUUUGAAUCAUUAGUUGUAAUCACAAUCACAUCAUUUGAGUUGUGAUUUUGUCACUUCAUUAUCAUCUGACACAACACAACAUACAUACUGUCAUCACUUACAUCAUGUAAUAUCACAUCCGUAGUUAACCGCCGGACACGAUAACAAUUAGCUAAUUAGUUGUUUUGAGUGACCAGUUAUUGGUACGAGACUUGAAGUGACAGUCAAACAGAGCCUAAAGAUAUUGUUGAUUACAGAUGUGUUGAUUUGAUUGAAUGAAGUGUUGUUUGUGACAAUGAGACCAAUGUUUGCCAAUAAUAAUAUGUCUUCAUACGGCGGUAAUUCCCCGCAUCCACCGCACGGUUCCAUUCCUCCGCCAGCGAUACCGUCACCGCACGCCCCGCAGCCGCCGCAACCACCAUAUCUUCAACAACCUCAACAUAUGCCUCAUCCAUCGCAUCCGCAUCCGACACAUGGAUCCAUUCCUCCGCCACAGGAUGGCAUUUAUACUUCGCCGAUGAUGUAUAGCAAUGGACGCCAUACACCAUACUUCGGUCAACCAGAUUAUCGGGUCUACGAAAUGAAUAAACGAUUCCAACAGAGAGCAGAGUUAUUUUUAAAUCAAGAAAAUGAUAAUCUCUGGUGGGAUGCGUUCUCCACUGAAUUUUUUGAAGACGACGCCACACUUACGCUAACGUUUUGUUUAGAAGACGGACCCAAACGAUAUACGAUCGGUCGAACAUUGAUUCCCCGAUACUUCCGCAGUAUCUUUGAAGGCGGUGUUACAGAAUUGUCAAUAAAUAUGAAACACACAAAAGAGUCGUUUCAUAACACGACCAUUACGUUAGACUGUGACCAGUGCUCUAUGAUUACACAACACGGAAAGCCAUUUAAGCCAAUGAAUGCUUUUCCUGGGCCACCCAAUGAUCCAAAUAAGGAUCAAUUAGCUAAAGAAAAUUCAGUAAUAGUAUGUACUGAGGGUCGGCUAAUAUUGGAGUUUACUUUUGACGAUUUAAUGCGAAUCAAGUCAUGGCAUUUUGCCACUCGUAAUCACCAUGAAUUAAUACCACGCGGUUUGUUUGCAAUGCAAGCCCAACAGGAUCCGACAUCUUUGGAAACAUUGUCGAAAAAUAUUACUCGACAGGGACUGACCAAUUCGACACUUAACUACUUAAGGCUAUGCGUUAUAUUGGAGCCGAUGCAGGAACUGAUGGCCAGACAUAAAGCCUAUUCAAUGAAUCCUAGAGAAUGUCUGAAAACAGUAUUAUUUCAUAAAUGGCAGCGUAUGGUAGCGCCACCGGAGACAACUCGCGCACCGAGUAAGCGAAGAAAGCGGAAAUCGUCGGCAAACGCGGGAACGACAGGAGGGGCCGGAAAGAAAAAGAACAACAACGCGGCAAACAUGAGUCCGGGUCCGCCUAAUUUCACUCUUGCAUCGCAAGACGUUAUGGUUGUCGGCGAGCCAUCACUUAUGGGCGGAGAAUUUGGCGACGAAGACGAAAGACUUAUUACAAGACUCGCAACUAAUAUUCAAACAGAGAACCACCAAUUUGAUCCCAACGUGGCUAAUGUAACGAAUGGCCUGGAAGAUGGUGACGAUUUUGGCCCAAUGGGUGGACCACAUGGCGGGCCACCAGGAAAUGGACCACCACCAGGUUGGCCAGGUGGUCAUCCACAAGGACCUCCAAUGAAUCCCAAUUCCGGGCCUCCAUUAUCUAAUAUCAACAAUGGUCAUUCAUCACACGGUCCCGGUUCGCAUGGUCCGGGAUCUCAUGGUCCCGGAUCUCAUGGUCCCGGUUCUCAUGGUCCGGGUUCUCACGACGACAAAAAGCAAUCUCCAAAUAUAACAUUAAUUAAGUCUGAAUGAUCUGAUCUGAAAAAAUCUUAGUCGCAAAUUAUAGAGAUAAUGCAAUAUAUGUUUACAAAAAAGCAUUGAUGAGGUGAUGGUUAAUAUCCACAAAAAAACUCGACAUUAAUUUUAUUGACCAAAUACAACAUAAACAUUACAAACACAAUAACAGAUUUUUUUAUAAAUAUUAUUUAUAAACACAAAAAAGAUAAUUUGAAUUUAUUAAAGCUUAUAAUUUAUUAUAUAAUAU